UCGUGGGCUCCAUCUUUUUCUCUCUCUCUCUCUAUAUGUAUAUAUAUAUAUAUCUCUUUGCAGAUGAAAUGCUCCUUCUUUGGCCUGAGAUUGAUGUCCAUGUGGCCUCUCGAGCUGAAGGCUUGCACAGCUGAAGGGCUUCGCAGCUUCUCGGUGUAGCGAUGUCGCAAGUUCAAGGUGCACGCGACGAGGAACAAGGUAGCCUCGAUGAGGGAGUCGCUGCGGAAUCGCGCGAGCAUGAGAGCGAUGCGACAGAGACAUCGAGGAACCAAGCCCGGGUGUCCAUCGUAUUUUUUGGCAAGAUCAUUCAUUCUUGCUGUUCCUUCCUCAUUGCCAUUGCAUUGCUCUGCGCGAUCGUGCCCACUACCAUGCUGCAGCAUCCAAGUGGUUUCUACUACCUGGGCUCGGCCGGCAUUUGUGCUCUCGUUUGGGGUGUCAUGGUCUUGGCCAGUGGUUUGGAGAGCUUGGCGAUUCCAGCAGCCUGGAUCGACGCGCCGAAGGACGAUACGUUUGCAACUGCGGAGGAGACUCUACGUGAGACCUUUCCAAAGACGCCUGCAGGAACCAGAGUUUGCGAAUGCAUCUUCAUUCUAGCUCGAGGCUUGGCGAACCCAGUGGUGCUUGCAUAUGGCUACUUGACAUUGCCAGCCCGAAAUCCUUAUGAAGCCUUGAACUUCUUCAGGUACUGCCUGGCUUGGUUUGAAAUGCCCAUUGCUUUGGUUCUCAUCAUUCUGACCAUCUUCAAGGGCAUGAACUGGGCUUGUUGCGCAAGAGGAAGGGCUCUCAGCACCUUUGCUCGACAAUUGUACAGGUCUGGGCGCUUCUCAGCAUUGUCCUUCUUGCACAUGGCGAGCCCCCCCAAGAUGCUAAAGACAGUGCUGGCAGCUCGGCGGCGAAUCAUACUGCUGGUGGCCAAGCAGAAAGAACCAGCGUCGAUUAGCCGUACAGCUGAUCAAAGCCGCAGCACCCUGAUGUUGAAAAAGGAACUCAACAAUUGGGAAACGUUCAACCUUCUACUUCGAACCGUUGUGGUGGGUUUGGCCAUGCCCAUGGUAUAUGUGACUGCAGCAGUCGGAGCAGUUCUUGUGAAGAUCUCACAGGUGUCCUUCGUCGCGACCAAGCAGGUGAACGAGUGGACGAUGUUGGAGUACAUUCAGUUCCUGUCCUUCGUCAAUGCCUUGACAGGGCUUGGGGAGGACACCAACAUCCUGGUGCAGCAGAAGCUCGUGUGGGAACGCUACUCUGAGGACCUCGACCGAGACAUCUCCGAGGACCGAGUUGGGCUGCGGUCGGUCUUCGCCACCUGACCUAAGGACUGCAAGGACUGC